AUGUUCUACAGCCAUGAAAUUCUGACAAGCCGCAAGCAUGGCGUCGCGACCAUCUGGCUGGUCGCCACAUUAGGAGCCAAAUCGAACACCAAGAAGCUGACCCGAAAAGCCAUCUGUGAUGUCGAUGUUCCCAAAGCAUGCGAGACUAUAAUCCAACCUGAAGCUCCAAUGGCGUUGAGAUUGCAAAGCAACCUUCUCUAUGGUGUUACCAGAGUCUAUUCACAGCAAUGCGGUUACGUUCUCUUAGACGUACAAGCUGCCCAGGCCAGUAUUAGAGCGUUGUACAAGGCAACUCGAGAUGCUGAACUUGAUCCAAAAGCCGGAAAGGCGGCUCCUGAGCAGCUCAUCCUUGUGGAUGACCCUGCGUUUUUGCCAGACAUGGCCCUUCCAGAGCUCGACCUUGAUUUCCUCUCGCUCGACGAUGAGUACAAUUCCCAGCGCUCUUCUCAGUCCAUGAUGUCCAUCCGUCAGCGUGGCGCAUCUGAAACCUCUCAAUUUCUUCCCAACCUCAAUUUGCCAUCCUCAAGCAGUAACAUAGGUGUGGGGCAUUACCAGUUGCCUCUUGAUGAUCCCUUCGGCAACCCUUCUGUCAACAAGCCCAUUAUUGGCCAAGACCAUAGCAUUUUCGAUGACGAGGUCAUGAUGUACCAAGAUGACAUGAUAUUCGAAUUUGAUGCAGAAGGCAAUAUGCGCGAUAUACCACCUGCUGAACGCGAAGCUCGCCGUACAGGGAGCGUUCAUCCACAGAGCCGUAUCGGCAGCGAUUCCGCAGCCAGUGGACGCGUUCGGAGAGACCAUGAGGAAGCUAUGGCUGCUCGGGUCCGUCCAAUUCCUGAUGCAGACGGAGAUUUCGACAUGAUGAACUAUGGCGAGGACAAUCUUCAUAUUCUUCCCGACGCCGAGGCAUUCCCAGCUGCAAACGGCGCCUUCAUGUCUGGUGCGCUCCAAGGUGGCGACAAGCAUUCGCAUCCCGGCCACCUCGACCACGUCUAUUCUUCUGAGAUACCUUCUUCUCAAGAGCCAUCUUCUAUCUCUGCCGAAGCCCCCCAAAAGCGCAAGAGAGUUAAAUCUAGCAAAGCAGUUACGGACCAUGCAACUGCACUGAUCAAUAACGACCUUAUACGGUGGCGAGAUAACUAUAUUGAAAAUAUGGCUCUAGUCACGUUGCAGAAAACAACGGCCAGAGCCAAUUUACAGGCAAAGAAGAAUGGGGUUCACUUUGUUUACGGUUCUGGUAUCAACGGUGUUGGCCAUGGUCUCGGGUACCUGAAGAUUUCUAGUCCAUUGGACAUGUUCUCCGGCGAAGCUCUCCUGGCAAGACUCAAAUGUGUAGUCCCUCCCUCUAAAAGUUCCAAGCGCUCCAAGCGUGGCCGUAAGGAAUCAGAAGACGAGGAACAAAGGCAAUCUCAUAAACGGCUUCGCCAUAAUGAAAAUGAGCAAGGACUUGCUUUCCAAGGAGAAGAUGCAUUUAUUCUCGACUUUGAAGAAGGCAUCAAUGCAGAUGAUCGCAGCAAUAUUGAAAUUGGUCGAGACGCUCCCUCAGCACUAGCCGAUUACCCCUCGUUCGCAAUGAUGCCCUGGAACGUCUCUGCCUCUCUCCACUCUCGCCAACGUAACCUCUCCUCCCUUCAUGGACCUUCUUCUCAACUUCCCGGGUCUAAUAGUGCACUUGCUCGACGCAGAAUCGCCUCCGCUUCUCCUCUUUUCGGUCGCGGCUCCGCUCUACCUGGUGAACUUGAGAGUUUCGCACUCCUCCACGACGAUGAUAAUAUCCCGUACGGACGCGAAGACCUCGAGUCGAUGAGCGCAGCAUGUGAAGCACCUCAUUUCUCCAACACCAUUGGUGGCAAUGCUGACUUCGAGCUAUUCGGCCCAGCUGCUAAUGUCGAUACGCAGACUGCUGGGACAUCUCAAUGGGUCCGCCAAGCUCUUGAUCGAGAGAGCGAUAAUUUCUUUGAGUAUGUCAAGAACAGCAUUGAGGAGCAGAAUGCGGAUGAACUCGACUUUGGCGCCGGCCGGGAUAACCAUGUCUUCGUCACGUUUUUGGAACUCUUCAAUACGGAGAGAAAUACUUGUCUUGUGGCUGCGCAGGCUUUCUACCAUGUCUUAACUCUGGCAACGAAGGGACAUGUUUGGGUUGAGCAGUUGGGGGUUGACAAGUUAGAGAUGGGUGGUGAGAUCAGGAUCGGUGUUGUUGACUGA